AUGCUCCACUCGGGCGGCUUCCAUCCGCAUGGUCGCCUCUCACCGCUGUCAGGACCCGGCGCGCUGAGCCGGGGCAGUGUUUGGGUGGGACCCGGUGUAGCAUUGGGGCAUGAAUGGCUUGGUGUGGGUGGCUCCUUCACUGAGGCCUCGGCGGUCACCUGGAGGAAGCUCACCGAGCGCCGACGGCAGGAGAUCAUCACGGCUUAUUUUCAUCCAAGCAGUGGGCUGGGCUUCAACCUGGGACGUGUGCCGAUUGGAUCUUGUGACUCUUCCCUGGAGAACUGGACCUGUGGAGACAUCUCUGAAGGAGCUGCGCUUGAUGGAACACCACCGAGCCGUCGGAUGUUGAAAGGAGAUAUGGACUUGAAGGGCUUCAGCCUAGAACGCUACGAGGAGCCGAAGCGUCGCGGCAAGCCGCGGGCAAGCCGCUGA